UGUGGUUUCCAUUGGCGGAAAGAUCAUGUUAGGCUGUGUGUGUUCGGAACUUCGGAAACAUGAACGAGUCACACAUUUGAAAACCAGUUUAAACUGUUGAAGUGCUGCGAUUGGCCUUUCUCCCAGGUGUGGCGGAGCAAACUGCUGGGAGGUCGGGAUCGCGUGCAAGCUGCCUGCUGCUUCUAAGUGUGUUGGGUCCUUGCAAAUGCUUGUCCGUGCUGGUAGGGUUCUCAUCGUUUCCUUACCCCGCCUUUCUCCGGCCUUCCCCCAUUAUUUGCAUACGCUUCAGCUGUCUCUACAACAGUCGUUGAUCUGGUAAUUAAGAAGAAUAGCUUUCAAACUAGAGGAUGCGAGUGACAAGCAGGAUUGAACCUCAGGACCCCUCAUUUUAGAAGUAUGGUUGACUUUUGUCAGGCCAUCCAAUGAGUUUGGCUGAAAUGGAGUCUGAAGCCAAGAUGGAGAACACUGAGGACCUGGAAAGCAGGCUUCUUCUGCAGCCCUGGGCUUCUGUUUGCUUUGCUGAGUCCACACUGAUGGCCAAGGCUUGGUUUGGGGAUGCUGGCUAUGCUUUGCUGCUCUCUGACCUCAGCAGUAUGUGGUAUGAAAGGGCAGGUACUGAUGUCAUACACCAGAGGUCAAAGGAACUAAAUAAGCGCCUGACAGCUCAUACAUCCUCCUUCCUGAACCGCCUGCGCAAUCUGAUAUGUCCCCUUCUGGAAGGGCAAAAGAACAGUUCUACCUCCUUCUCCUGCCAGCUCAGUCCCAGCAGCCUGAUUCUUCAUGUGAAGAGUGAGCUCUCCGGGCUGCCUUUCCACUGGGAUUUUCAUUGCGCAGCAGCGCCUAUUGAAAUGAUGUCCCGCCACCUUGUGCAGCCUUUGAUGGCCAUGAGCCUGGCGCUGCAAUGUCAGGUGCAGGAGCUGGCUACCUUGCUGCUCCAGAAGGACGCAGAGAUUGAAGACUAUCGGGAGAGUGGGGCUGCUCUCAGUCGAGAGCGUCUCAAGACAGAACCAUUCAAGAAAGAAUCCUUCUUGAAGACAUUUGAGGAAGAGACUUUGCCCCAAGCCUGCUGCCUGGGAGAUGGACACCUAUUUGCUUCUCACCUAAAGCAGCUCUACAUGGCAGUAACUCAGCAGCAGGCUCGAGCAGCUUCCAAACGGCACCGGGAAGCAUCUGGAGACUCUGGGAGCCCUGAACAGACUGACUCCCUGGACCUUCCCCGAGGAGCGGUGGAUUUGCCAGCUGAGCAGGAAAGGGCAGAGUCCCCGCCAUCAACUGCACCGUGUGUGCAAGACACAGUGGCAACAUCCUCCCAAGUCCAGAAGGCUCAGCUGCUCAUCACCAAGACCAAAAGGAAGAAGGCAAAGGGGUUAUUUAGCUGAGGCAGGAGGUCCUGGAACAUUGAGAAGAAAACUAGGCAGUGACAGCUGUGCCACUGCUCAUUUUGCCAUAUUUAAGCACGAUGGUUGGGGAAUGUCUCAGUCUCUGCCCUACGUGUAUUUAAUUUUCCUCCUCCUGCAGCACGGAUCCUGCCCAGUGGAAGCCUGAAAAUGAUGCAUAUCAAGUAACAAAAGGAGGGCAUGGAUAGUGAGCCAGAACAUGGAUAGUGGUGGGAAUCUCAGUGGCAAUAGUUAACUGAGCUCCCAUGCAUAUUCCCGCCUUCAAAUCUGCACCCUGUUUUGUUAAUGUGUAUACAGUAGGCACUGGCUAUGAGAGUUGGCUCCUGAGUGUAGCACCUGCCACACACACAGCACGAUGCAGGACUGCGUGCAUAAAUCAGUUCCUCUGGAAUUGCAGCUUUUAAUGCAAAUAUUCGGUUUUCUUGGUACUGGAGGAAAGUUUGAAAAUGUGUGGACAGUGCCUGCUACAGGCUUAAAUGCCAAAGCAAGAAAUUGUAUUGAUCUGCUCUGUGGCUCGCACAGCCCACUGUUCCUUCCCAGGGCCCCAAAUCCAUAUCCCCCUGCCCCUGCUAUUCUACACAGCACAUGCUUUCUCCCUUUCCCUGCAGUCUUCCUUUCUCUUCUUGCCAAAAUAUUCUGUAUUCUUCAAAGGUGAAAGUGUGAAAUGAAAAUAAAUUGUGCCAAUUCAAGCAAAUAUAUUACUACAGUGAUAGCAGAACUGAUCCUGGGUUCAGAAUAUGUAGUUUAUUAUUUCAGAGUUUUCCUUUUUGAGAGACAGAAUAUACUCAAUUCUUUGUGAGGCCUUUCUUCCUCU